UUACUUUCUUCCUUUCCAUGAUUAAUCGUUAUAUAUUUAGUGUAAAGAAAAACAAGUCUCGCAAAUUAGAAGAUCCCAUUGAACAAGAAUGGAGAAGAAGAAUGAGAAUGAGAAUGAGGAAAUCAAGAAAAAGAGCAAAGGACGGCAAAAGAUCAAAAUAGAGAAAAUAGCAAACAGAAACAGUUUGCAAGUGACGUUCUCGAAGCGGCGGGCGGGGGUGUUCAAGAAAGCGAGCGAACUGAGCGCAUUGUGCGGCGCAGAAGUUGCUGUCAUUGUUGAAUCUCCUGCUGGUAAAGUCUAUUCCUUUGGAAACCCUUGUGUGGACUCUGUUAUCAAUCGCUACGAAACUGGAGGGCGUGAUGAAGACGGGUUUAGUGCCGCUCUUAGGCUUCAAAUUGAAGAAGAAAGUAAGAAGAAGUAUUUGGAAGCAAUGGGAAUUUUGGACAAGGAGAAAGCUGUGAGUGUGGGUGUGAGUGGGACUAAUAAUUGGUGGGAAGAUUUGUCUUUGGACAAUUUAGGGUUGCAAGAACUCCAAGAAUGCAUGGCUUCCAUGGAAGUGUUGAACAACAAUUUAUUGAAAAGAGCUGAUGAUUUGGCCAAUUCUUCUCAUGAUGUUUUGUACCAAUUUGGAGCGAUGAAGUGGUAAUUUCUUAUUUCUGUUUUUAUAGUAAAAGUUAGACUGAUAAUUACCAGUAAGUAAGUUUUGAUUUUGAUAAAAAUUUAUGAUCAAGUUUUAUGGUUUUGUUCACUUUUCGCGUUUCAUUGUCUUAAUUUUGGGCUAUAGACAUUUAUUUUGUUUGUGAAGAAGAGGAAGAUAGAUUAAUCAUGUA